AUGUACCUCCUCACGACCUGUGCUUCCUGCGCGGCGCCUCUGGGCUCCAAAAGAGCCAAGCAAUGCAGUAGAUGCAAGACUCGCUACUGCAGCGCGACUUGUCAGCGGGACCACUGGGCGCGCGGCCAUCAAUCUCUCUGUAAGAAGAUAAAAAAAGCAGGCGACGCGGAAACGUAUCACGCCAACGAAAAAUAUAAGGUGGCCGUCGCGGUCGCGGUCGCGGCGUGCGCGGAGGACACUAAAGGCCAGACGUGCUACAUCUGCAAGGAGGCCAUCCAAAGGGUUAACGAGGAGGGCCUCGUGAGCGGGCAUUGUGCGUGCCGUGGACCGGCGGGCUUUGUGCAUGUGGGGUGUUUGGUGCAUCAGUCGGUCACUUUGAUUCAUGAUGAGGCAAUGGAUAAAUCGGUAGCCGCAACAAAGAAUGCGGCUUACAGAAAGCUUGGCCCCAAGUGGAGGCGGCUGUGGUUCAACUGCCCAAGGUGCAAGGGAGAAUACUGCGGCGACGUGCAAAUCGCUCUCGGAUGGUCGUGUUGGUGUAGCCACCGCUUAAAUCAGAGGGAUGAGAUGGUGAAUCAAGAAGCCUAUUCUAUCUUUGCUCGGAUAUCGGUGCGAGCACUCGCGUUGCGCUUGUUCGCAAAGAAACACUUCGAGGAAGCACGCGCGUUGUAUUUGGCAUUGCUCAACUCGGUCCCCCCAGGUACUCUUACGAUGGACACCGGUUCUACCGAAGCCUCACUUGAAAGGGAAGAGACUAUCGGCGAUAUGGAUAAAUUGGCAAUAUGCCACGGAAAACUCGGCCGAGCCGACGAUGAGCUCACUGCCAGAAAAUUGGUUCAUCAUGCGACGAGAUCACUUUUCGGCCGGAGGGCCACAUACGCUACAGCUAUAAAAUUAGCUUCGGUACUCCUCGACCAGCAUUAUGUCCACGACGCGCUGGAACUUUUGUCUGAUAUCUGCCCCGACGUCGCGGGGGACCUGGGUUUCGACCACCAUCUCACCGUCGAGCUGUUUCAUCUCUUAUGCCGUGCCCGCUGGAUGCAUCACUUUUAUGGACGUGAAGGCUACCGCGACGAUCUUCGAGAGGCGGUGACCGAGCUGUUGGGUUUGCUCGGGUUAAAUCUGACCUGGGAAGUGUCCCAGCCAAUCCGGAAUACGCUACGUCUAGCGCUGACGCAUCAGCUCGAUUGGAGCUUAGAGGAUCUCAAUCUCGACCCUUCCGAGCUUGAGGCAAUAAUCUCCGCCGGUCUCUUCCGAGGCUAG